AGUUCUCACUCUGUCCUGCGGGUGGCGCCAUAAAGCGCAGUGACAACAUGGAACAACUUUUCCUCGUAAUUGUACAGAUGAAUGUGUUAUUAUUUACCAGUCCGUUGAACCGCAAACGCCUGAAGGCCACAUUCAUAAAGUUUUAGUCUGUCUUCGGUUUACUAAUGAGAAAUGUGUGCCAAAUUAGUUCAUUGGCAGUAUGAGCUCAGCACAAACAGAUUGACUUCACAAACCUGAUUGACUUCACUGUCGCAGUCAGUCUGCUAAUAAUGUGUAUGAAAGGCUGAAUGAGAGAAAAAGUAAAAAAUGAGCUCGACAACCAUCACAUGUUCAACUUGUUGGUUUUAGGGCUUUGCUGCUUUAAGGUAAGGUUGUGUAAUGGGAUCCAUCACUGAAGCAAACCAUAAGGAGUGUCAGCUGACCUCAGCUCACCUGCCAUCCAGAGAAAAUGGGCAUCAAUCUAUACCAGAGACCAGAAGACCUGACAUAACAUCAAGCUUUUCAGAAUCGGACCCCCUGCUUCACACUGCAUUUUAUGGGACAACAUUCGCCUGUGGGACCAUAUCGCAGGAUGAGCCGCAGAAUAUUCAUGGCCAGGAGAUGCCAAGUGAGUCGACCCGGGCCAUGGUGAUUCAGAUUUUGUUUCCAUUCCUCCUGGCGGGUUUUGGAACAGUGCUGGCGGGGAUGUUGCUGGACUUAGUGCAGCACUGGGACGUUUUCAGUAAUGUGACAGAGAUCUUCAUCCUCGUCCCACCUCUACUGGGCCUAAAGGGGAAUCUGGAGAUGACACUGGCAUCAAGACUCUCCACUGCUGUGAAUGUUGGCAGAAUGAACUCUUCAAACGAGAAGUGGAACCUGAUCAUCGGAAAUCUUGCCCUCAAACAGGUACAAGCUACAGUUCUGGGCUUUUUGGCUGCUCUUGUAGCAUCGGCUCUUGGAUGGAUCCUGGAAGAGAAGCUCAUCAUGAACCAUGUAGCUCUGCUUUGCUGUUGCAGCGUGGUGACAGCAUUCACAGCAUCCCUGCUGCAGGGGAUCUUAAUGGUUGGUGUGAUUAUUGGAUCCAAGAAGGUGGGCGUCAACCCUGACAACAUAGCCACGCCCCUCGCUGCCAGUUUUGGUGAUCUCAUCACACUUGGACUGCUCGCCAUCAUCAGUCAAGGCUUUUUUUACAGCAUGGAACCUUACCCUUAUAUUACCUACCUGGUAUGUAUUGUUUUCCUGUGCCUGACGCCGGUAUGGGUCAUUAUUUCACGUCGUCACCCUGAAAGUCAAAAACUGCUGAUUUCCAGCUGGGAGCCAAUAAUAACCGCAAUGGUGAUCAGCAGUCUUGGAGGACUGAUUCUGGACCGAACCAUUGCAGAUCCAGUGCUUGAGGGAGUUGUUCUCUACACUCCUGUUAUAAAUGGUGUUGGUGGUAAUCUGGUUUCUAUCCAGGCUAGUCGUAUAGCUACGCAUCUUCAUUUGCACUCUCUGCUGGGCGAACUUCCAGAUGACUCUAAAGGAUGUUACUGCCCCUGCCGCAGCUUUUGGGCCACAGGGCCGAAUGGAAGAUCAGCACAGGUGCUGCUCGUGUUGACCAUCCCAGGUCACCUUGUCUUCAUCUACACCAUUUACCUAAUACAAGGCAGCCCGGCUCCGCCCACUGCUGUCUUUGUUUCCUUCUACUUGGUAGCAGCUUUCACACAGGUGUUUCUCCUGCUGGGCAUCACUGACGUGAUGGUUCACUGCUUGUGGAAAUGCGGCAGGGACCCUGAUAGCUUCUCCAUCCCGUAUCUGACGGCUCUGGCGGAUUUGUUGGGCACUGCCUUUCUGGCACUGUGUUUUCUUCUAAUGUCACUGGUGACAUAAAUGUUGUCAUAUUUCAUUAAACAGGUUAGAUCUAACCUAUCACCACUAUCUGAUGUGUUGACCUACAUUUUUGGCAUUUCUCUGCACAGUUGAACAUUAGUGAAUGACUUGAAAUAUUUGAAAUGUCAAUCUCUCCAUACAUGCAGUUGAAUGAACCGCACAUGCUGCCUCAUGUGACAAUAGUACUUCAAGUCACGUGACCAUGUUCAUUGAAUAAAGAACUGAUGUUGUCUGUUUCCAUAUGUUAUUAUGUUAAAAGUAUGACUGAUUGGCACUCAUCUUCCUGGAUCAGUAUUUAGAAGUUUCAGAAAUGUGUAUUUAGAGACAUUGAAAUAGUCUUUUUUAGAUAUGUGCGAUAUUAUAAAUAGACAACAUUAAAAAUUGUUUUCAUUUUCCUGAGAAAACUGUUUUAUUUAAUU